UUUUUGCUCUCAUUUCCUCGCACACAAAUUGCAUUGAUAGCUCGCUAGCCAGCCAUGGCAAUAAUCUCCAAGUCCUCCUUGCUUGCUUGCCUCAUCACACUUGUCCUUUUUAUUUCCGCGAUUCAAGCACAUGAAGCGCUAUCUAUGAAUCAGGUGAUCAACGUGGAUGGAACAACUCAUGAAAGCUCUCUCCUUGGUACAACAAAUAUAGAUUGUGGAAAGGAAUGUAGUAGAAGGUGCCAGUUAGCGUCGAGGCAAAAGAUAUGCAAGAGGGCGUGUGGGACGUGCUGCGCUAGGUGCCACUGCGUACCGCCGGGCACUUCCGGCCACAAGGACGUCUGCCCCUGCUACGCCGCUCUCACAACUCACGGUGGCCGCAAAAAGUGCCCUUGAACUUGAAACUACAUUUACUGCAUUAAUUAAUAUGGCUAUAUAUUCUUCCUUAAUUACGGCUCCACGUUCAUGUGUUUAUUUGUAUAUGGGUUAAUUGGUCUGGUAUUCAAGUGUCAAGUAUAUACAGACAUAUAUGGAAUGUUACAGGGUGAGAAUAAGAGGAAAGGGAAAAAGUUUAUCUAUGGACCAUACUUUGCUUGGAUUUAUGAAUAAUAUUAAAUAAUCCCCUUUUUAUUAAUUA